AUGACUUUAGAAGCCAGAAACAUUUCUCACACCGUGAGUGAGUUCAUCCUCUUGGGGUUCCCUUGUCGCUGGGAAAUACAGAUCAUCCUAUUCUCCAUAUUCUUUGUGACUUACUUCCUGACCCUCCUUGGGAACAUGGCCAUUGUGUGUGCUGUACGCUGGGAUCGCCGGCUCCACACUCCCAUGUACAUUUUAUUAGCCAACUUCUCCUUUCUAGAGAUCUGCUAUGAUUCAGAUGUGCCCAACAUGCUGGCCAACUUCCUCUCCAAGACCAAAACCAUCUCCUUUGCUCGGUGCCUCCUCCAGUUAUACUUCUUCUUCUCAUUGGGCACAACAGAAUGCUUAUUUCUCUCCAUUAUGGCCUAUGACCGGUUCUUAGCCAUCUGCCACCCAUUGCACUAUCCCACCAUCAUGACUACUAAGUUCUGUAACAGCCUAGUCAUCUUUUGCUGGGUGUAUGGUUUUCUUUGGUUUCUAAUCCCAGUGAUACUUGUUACUCAGCUACCAUUUUGUGGCCCCAAUGUGAUUGAUGACUUUCUGUGUGACCUGGGUCCUCUACUGGCUUUGGCUUCAGCCUGUGUUCCUAUUCCAGGAACUGUUCUCAUAUGUGGCACCAUGAGUUCCCUCCUUAUCUUUGCCACAUUUUUCUACAUAACUGGUUCAUACACUCUGGUGCUGAGGGCUGUAAUAAAAGUGCCCUCAGGUGCAGGGCGGAAGAAGGCUUUUUCCACCUGCUCCUCACAUCUAGCUGUGGUGUUUCUAUUCUAUGGUUCUGUCAUGAUGACAUACGUGAGCCCAGGAUCAGGGCAAGCAGAGGGUAUGCAGAAGUUCACAACUUUGUUCUACUCUGUUUUGACUCCUUUUUUCAAUCCCAUGAUCUAUAGCCUCCGGAAUAAGGAAAUGAAGGAUGCUUUGAAAAAAGUUCUUGGAGUUUCCUAA